AUGAAUAUACCUCAUAAUUCUACUGUCCAAAGCAGUUUAAAAGUAGGUCAAGAUGAAAAGUUUUUAAGUACAGUUAGUGGUUCUAUAAGUUUUUUGGUAAAAUGCCUGGAGAGGUUUAAUGAUGAGCACAUAGGGAAUAGUCCUAUUGGAAGGUUUAUUCAUUAUGAGGAUCUGAAACCUGAGUUUGGAGUGGGAACUAACAGGGGUAAGUCCGGAAAAAACGGAAGGAAUAUGAAGAAAAUGGGCGUUGCUCUGGUGCCUCUUGUCUUCCACUUCGGAGCCACAUCCACUUGGAUCCUGUUGACUGGUCUCCUUGCUGCCAAGUCUGUAGCCAUCGGCCUGCUUCUGCUAGUCUUCAAAAUCGCUGUCAGCUCUGCUAAGGUGGCGUCAUUCUUCACGAAGUUAAAAUCCAGUCACAUGCCGAGCCCGCACCACGAAUACUCCUGGACACCACAUGCUGAACACCACGGUUUUGAAAGAAGCUUGACAAAUAUAGCACCUUACCACUCUCAUUGGAGUCCUUACAGUCCUCAAUCAAAUGAAAUUUUGCCGCCAUCUUAUAAAUCGAUAACAGGUCACCAUGAUAGUAGUAAUGAAUUAGAAUAUUCAAAAACACCAAGCAAAUCACUUAGUUAAAUAUAAUAUUAGGUUAAAGAAAUAAAAAAAAAGUCGGAAUCAAAAAAAAUUACUGAGUUUUCUUGUGAAAUAGAUUUUGCAUAUUCAAAAUGGCUGAAUACUAAAAUGUUUGUCUAUUGCAUCUUGCAAUCGCUCUAAUGUUUGAAAAUUAA